CCCGCUCGAACUUCACUCUCUGCGCUCUCUACAAACGACCAUAGAUGUUUUGCCUCCCUGAUUCAUCGUAAAUAUCGAUUACCACACCGGUGUUUUAAUGUCACGCCCAGAUAAGUGCUUAUCGCCAUGGAUUUGCCACACAAACGCCGUUUGGAACGCAUCUUGAUUUUUGCUGCUGCAGUUCUGUCACCUGCUUUCACGGUCCUGUGCAAUGACAUCCUCGGCCUGAAGAUGGCAGGAGAGCCGGUGCUCACCCCCAACGCUGUGUGCCUGCGCUUGGCUGGCCUGAGCAAGCGGCAGACGCGCCUGUGCAUGCGCAGUCCUGACGUCACCGCCUCGGCCCUGCAGGGCAUCCAGGUGGCCAUCCACGAGUGCCAGCACCAGCUCCGCGACCAGCGCUGGAACUGCUCAUCCCUGGAGAGCCACGGCAAGCUCCCCCUCCACAGUGCCAUCCUCAAUCGGGGUUUCCGUGAGAGUGCCUUCACCCUGUCCCUGCUGGCGGCUGGUGUGGCUCAUUCGGUGGCGUCUGCCUGCAGCAUGGGCAAGCUCCGGGGCUGCGGCUGCGAGGCCAAACGCCGCCUGGACGACGACAAGAUCCGCCUGAAACUCACCCAGCUCCAGCUGCAGACGCUGCAGCGGGGGGCAGGCUUGGGCAUGGGGGCGGCAGGGGGAGGCACAGGGCACCCGCCCGGGUACAGCCCUCAGCACCACCAGGGGGCUGCUGCAUCGGUGUCAGCUGCCCUGCACUCAGCGCACCCCUCCACCCUGCUGAAACCUCUGCCCGAGGAGGUGACCUCGCUGCAGGACACUUGGGAGUGGGGUGGCUGCAGUCACGAUGCCCGAUUUGGGGUGCGCUUCUCCCGAGACUGGCUGGACUCACGGGGCUCCCCAAGGGACAUCCACGCCCGCAUGAGGAUACACAACAGCCGAGUCGGCCGACAGAUAGUCACCGACAACAUGAAGAGGAAGUGCAAAUGCCAUGGCACGUCAGGCAGCUGCCAGUUCAAGACUUGCUGGUACGUCUCACCAGAGUUUCGGCUCGUGGGUUCCCUACUGCGGGACAAGUUCCUGUCAGCAGUCUUCAUCAACUCCCAGAACAAGAACAGCGGAGUGUUCAACCCCCGCGCGGGUGCUGCCGGGUCCAACAGCGCCGCCGCCGCCGCCGCCGGGUCGAACCAGAGCAGUGGCCGGAGGCGCACCCUCUCGCGGGAGCUGGUCUACUUCGAGAAGUCGCCGGACUUCUGCGAGGCGGACGCGAGGGUGGACUCGCCGGGCACGCACGGCCGCACCUGCAACAAGAGCAGCCCCGGCAUGGACGGCUGCGACUCCCUCUGCUGCGGCCGCGGCCACAACAUCCUCAAGCAGACGCGCAGCGAGCGCUGCCACUGCCGCUUCCACUGGUGCUGCUACGUGCUGUGCGAGGAGUGCCGCGUCACCGACUGGGUUAACGUCUGCAAGUGAGGUGGCAGGAGUUCUCUCAGAAAUCAGUAGCACUGACUGGGAGAAGGGUGCGACAUGCCCGUGUGCCCUCCUGGCUCUGGAUGCACUGACCCACCUAGACAUCCCUCAUCCCGGACUUAUGAGUUUGUUUGAGACGGAGAGAGCAUGUAUUAUCCCUCCCGUGUUACUCUCCCACAGUAUCUGUUUAUUCCCCUCUUCGCUUAUUUUAUCCCAUCAUCUGGGAUCCAUUUUCUUUGUGUUGCUCUUGUUAUUCUUGAAAUGCCAAGUUAGAGAUUGAGGAGGGGGUGACUCAUGUCAUUUGUCUUUCUCUCUGCCUGUUUGGACUUGAGCUUUUCAGCCAUGAAAAUGCCCCAAAAGCCAUCUGCAUUCUUCUCCGAAACAAGGAACAACAGCAGGAACAGAUUAUUACUUUAACAGAGUGGCCACCGCCACGGUUUGCAGUCCUGUGUACAUAUGUGAAAACGUAUACUCAUAACAUUUUUUUUUUUGGGCUUGGCCAUUUCUGCAACCAUUUAUGAGAGAGGAUAAUUAUGCCCAAGCAUGUCUUUUUGGAUGGUGAACUGGUGCCUUCUCUGCAUCUGCUGAUAGCCAACAGUGUGGCAGUGGACAAUGGAUAUACUUUGCCAAAUGGCUUAAAUGGACCAAUUUAACCUUUCAGGACUAUUAUGAAGUGGAUAUGCCACCCCAGUUUGAACUCUUAACAGUGAGAGCUGAAACUGUGGACUUGCCUGCAAAGCAAGACGGAACGAGUAGGAAGCACUUGUGCUUCGUCUUAGGGAUUUCUUUCCCCACAUCAGAUUAAAAACAGAUACAUAUCGUUUCAUGGGUGGAUGGGGGUGGGGGGGGGGGGUGCAACUGUUGGAUCUUAGUGGAUGCCAGAAGUUAAUGCAAUGAUGGAAGACUUUUAAUCUCCCUAAUGCUCUGUCAGACUGCAUUUAGGGAACGGCAAGAGUGGUCACAAUCAUAUUCCAGCUAUGUCAGAGUUUUUUUUAGUGAAUUUACAUAAUUAUAUUGUCUAUACAACC